UCCAAUCUUUCAUAAGAAUGGAGAGAGGGAGAGAGAUAUUUAAUCUAUAUUAUUAUCAAAAUAAUUUGAUCGGAUUUAAUGUUUAAUCUGUCAAAUCGGUGUUUUAAAUUAAAAUUUGUGUUUGUUAUAUAACAAGUCUAGAUGUAAAUAAUUUUCUCGAGCUGAAAGCACUCUCUUGUAAAAAGAAAAAGGUAAAAUAUUGUGGGCAGUUGUCAAAUGUGUCAAAACGGUUAUUGCGUCUUGUAAUACAGCUGUCAAUUAAGAACGAUACGAUGGAAGAUAAAUCUGAAAAUAUUUUAAAGAAUAGCGCUAACGAUGCUGAUAUAGAAUCCAGGGCAAUAUUAAAGAGGAAGUUGCAAAUGAAGUCAGAAGCGGUUCUACUGUUGAGUCAAGAAUUAGAUCAAUGUAGGACGCAACGAGAUCAAUUUAAAUCAAUGGCAGAACAAAUUCAGGAAAGAUUUCUGCAUUUGAGGAAGCAGAUGUGUGAAACCAAAGAAUCAAAUAAAUGCUACAGUUCAGAUGAAGAUUUUAGAACCUUGGAUUUAUUGACAGAAGCACGAGAGCAAAAUAAAUGCCUCAGGCUACAAGUUGAAACAUUAAGGCAAAAAUUAGCAGAUGCCGAAGGUGAUAUUAAGGCAUUACGUACAAAUAGUACUCGUACACCAGUUGAGCAGCAAGAUGCACAACUUGCGCCAGCAAUGCAUCAAAGGGAGGAAAUGAUAGAACAAUUAGAAAAGUUAAAUUUAAAGUGUUCACAGUUACAAACAGAUCUACAAAUAGUACUGGAUGAGAAACAUGAGCUGGAGAUGGAAAGAGAUGCCUUUAAGUGUAAGGCACAUCGUUUGAAUCAUGAGCUAUCUAAAGCUUUGAGUGCUUCCAAACCAGUUGAUUUGGAUGCUCUUAUUAAUGAAAAUAGAUAUCUACAAGAAAGAUUGCAGCAAUUGCUUGAAGAGAAAGAACUUACACGUCAAUCUCUGUCAAAGUACAAGAGUAUGUUGGAUAGUAAAAGGGCUAAAGGAAAUAUGAAGUUAGGAGUAAAUUCUGCUGCUGGAACAGUCAUGACUCACAAACAAGUUGAACAACUUCUUCAGGAAAGUUCUUAUAUACCACCGCAGAAAUCUGCUGCUGCUGUUACUGAUCUACGAUGUCUUUGUACUGCCUUGUUAGAAGCUUUAAAUGACAAAACUUUGGCUCUAGCACAUCAGAAGAAAGCUAAUAAAAUAUUGGCACUGAGGAUUUGUGAAUUGGACAGUGCAGUGCAGUCACCAACCAUGAAACUCUUGGAGGGAUACACAAGUGCCAAUGUUGAUUUAAGAUGUGAUAAUGAAUUUAAUGAUUUAGAUCACACAACUAAUUGUAAUAUGGAUAAUAUUGAGGAAAACAACAUUAUAACAAAUGAGAAUAACAUACAGUGUAGCUCUUCAGCUGAGAGUCAAGUUAUGCAUCAAUUGCAGUCGAUACAAAUGAGUCUUCCAAAAAAUUUAGGUGUAUUAGUUCAAAAAGCGUUAAAUAAUCUGAAGGAUAAUGAUAAAAAGAAGAUAUGAAAUUAGAAAUGUUUGAUGUACAGAGAAAUGUGUCAACGUGCCUCCCUGUACAAAUAUGUAUAUAUAAAACAAGUUUCUGUAAGUAGAAAGUGCUAUGCUUCAUUGGAGCAUUGCAAUCUUUAUAAAAAUCUAGUCUCUCUUUAAAAAUCAUAUUUAUUUAGAAAUACAAACUCAAUAUUAAAGAUUAACUUAUUGUAAGUGUUGACACAACAUAAAGUGCUACUUAAUAUUUUCAUCAAAUUUGCAGUUAACAUAUAGUAAUUUCAAAAUUUUGAUAGAGAUGACUUUAUCGAAUGAUGAAAGACAAUUUAUUAUACAACAUUUGUUGUAGCAAUUUGACAUAUCAUUUAUAUGUAGCAUCGUAAUACAUAGGUUGACUAUAGAAUCAAUGUAUUAGGUGAUGACGUUUCCAAAAGUAUCUUUUGCUUAAGACACUAUCCAGCUGAUCUAACCACGAGUCAAAUUGUACUAGGUCGCUCCAUAAGAGUUGUUGGUCCCAUUGAUCUUUUUAAUUGUUAAUAAGACGCAUUUUCCCUAUGUGAAUAUAUGUACAUACGUACUAAAAUAUAUAGAAAUGACAUUCUGCGCAAACGUAAUAUAUUUAUAUUACAUCAUUAUUAACUUUGCUUCUUUUAACAUUAUAUUCUUCUGUCUUUUCCAGACAUUGAAAGCUUGGUCAUUAAUAAUGCGUCUUUCGUCGUUUUGUCUCUGCAGAAUUUUUAUAUUUGUUUGUUGAAUCAUUUGUAACUCUUUUAGCUUCCUUUUUGUUGAAUUUCUUUUUCUUUUAUUAUUUGAGCAUAUGCCUGAAGAUUAAAGAAACUCUUAGAGGAAUUAAAAAUAGAGUAUUAGAGAUAUUUUAAAGAUGUCCAUAUUAAUAUUUAGAUGAUACAAAUGAAAAGAUUCCCACCUUCUGAGAAGCUUUCUUACAUUCGAUCUCUUCUAAUUUUUUCUGUAACUCUCGUUGCUGUUGUUCCUCCGCUUUCUUCAGCAGUUUUCUGUAUAUCAAGUUUUUUCCCCUCUUCCAAGACUCGAAGGAUAAUUUUCUCCUCAUUUGCUUGGCUAAUUUUCUGUUAUAGAGAAACGUGAAUUUCUUUUUAUAUAUUAAAUAGCGAAUAUUCAUAAUUUUCUGAAAAGAAAUCUUGAAGAUAUUUCUAUUAUAUAACAACAACAACAACCCUUUAUUUUGUUCCUGAUUUUGGUGCUCAGUGAUAUUACUUUUCAAUUUCUUCUUAGUUUUCCCUGUUUGAGUAUCCCUUAAAUCGACUCCGUUCGAUAUAUUCUUUGUUAAAUUGUUUGAGGGACAUGAUGGUACCUCCUGUAAAUGUAUCAUUCUUAUUUAUAUUCAACAUUAUUCUUGUAUAUUAGCUUUUUGAAAAUCAAUUAAUCUCCUAAAUAUCUUUUACAUUUUUUAUUCUAUUUCUUGUAUCUCUUAAUUCUUUCAUUUUCUCAAAGUACCAUUCUUCGUAGAUGGCUUGGUGCAAUUUUGCUAUUUGAUCUAAGUCGUAAUAUGGUUUAAAUGGUGCAAUUUUUAUAAUGCAUUAUAUAAUAUAAUAUAUAUUAGACAAUAUAAAUAAAUAAUUAACCAGAGUCUUUGAGUGCUACGUUGAUCAUUUGCUUUAUAUUUUCCAAAUUAUUAUCAGAAACACUUUUUAUUUUCAUUUUGAUGAGGCCUUGCGACAAUAUCUUAAUUUGUGUCUUAUAUUUUUUAUGAUAUGUAUAAAAACACUACGAAUUUAAUAUUUAAUUUUUUGAAGUUUUAAUGACACAUUAAUUUAGGUAGUUAAAAUAUGCAACUAGGAUGUAUUCUUCAUAUGUUUUUGAAUAUAUAUAUAUCACUAUUUUUAUUAUUUAUAGGUAAAUUAAAGAAAUAGAUUCAUAAAGUACAUCUUCUAUGUGUAUAGAGCUUUAAUUAUAUAUUAUAUACAUAAAUAAUGAUAAUAAUUUAUUUAUAAGUUAUUCAAAGAAAUAUAUAUAUGUAUAUAUAGCACAUUUGUACGUUCGACAAAGAUAUGGAUGCUAGAUAUUUCUGUAUUUAUGUACACAUACGUUGAGAAAAUAUCGAGGAAAAGCUGUAUAUUUAUAAAUGUAAUCAAAUAGAUUAUAUAAAAACGACGGCACACAAUAAAGUAUAAAGUAUAUGUUACA